CUACGACGCUUUGUAUCAUGGUGGUCACUGAUUGGUGGCGUCAGAUUAAACUUAGUCUAAACCUGCGAAAGGAGUCGUGGUUGUGUCCGGUUUAGCAAUGGGGGGACAAGGCAAAGGAGGCCUGGAGAAGUUUAGUUGUGGAGUUUUAGUAUUGCCUUUCUUUUUCGCCCUGUAGUCGUUGUUUUGCUGGAGCUGGUGUAGGUCCGAAGGCCGGCUGGCGUUUGUUUUGUUUUGUUCCUUGUGGAGAAAACAAAAGGUGACCAAGUGACUUAUUAAGAUUUAGAGUCUUCGUUCUUGUUGAUUACGGGGGACUGUGCAGAUUCAUCAUUAAAUUUAUUGUUUAGUCUGGACUGGCUUGGACUGGGCUUACCAAGGGAAGUCCUGUUUUGCGUCGAAUAAAGUUAAACGAGGGAUUAAAAAGUGAUGAAUGUAGCAGCACACUCAAAGUGAGGGAAAGAGUUUGGGCAAGAAUCUUCUUGCACUGCUAUUGCAGUCCCGUUUGAGAGUUGUGAUAUCUGAAUGUAUUUUCCUCUCUCUCUCUCUCUCUCUCUCUCUCUCUCUCUCUCUCUCUCUCUCUCUCUCUCUCACACACACACACACACACACACACACACACACACACCCUUGUUUUUUUUCGGUUUUUGGUCGAUGUGAUUCGUUGGCAAGGAAGCCCUUCUUUAAUUGUUCAGUUUCUAUUGUCUUACUACUUUUUAGUUCUCAGAGAGGAAGAGCGCUUCAAGUCCUUUGAGAGACCUAGAGAGGGUUCCAUGGGUAUCAUUUUUUUUUUGUCCCUUUUCCCGGAAGGCAUUAUGUGUUGGUGGUCCCUUUCUAUAGCAAAUUUGCUUCAUUAUUCCGAAGCUCUGCUGCGGGGCAGAUUUUAGUUUCUCUCUGCCACAGGUUUUUCCCGGAGAUCGCUGCAGAAACAUUGUGUGAAGACUGUCAAGUUGUGUAGUUUUGUGCAUCCUCCCACCGGAACCCUCUUUUCGUUAUUCAGAGGUCACAUGGAGUUGCUAAUAUAUGUGGAGGCUUUCGAAAGCAUCAUUGGCAUAGCAACAAAAGAGUGACUGUCUAGACUGCCUUCUUCAGGCUCGGCCAAACGCAUCAGCAGCUGCUUCACAGUAAAAUAAUUGUACAAAAGACGUGCAUGAGAAGGGUAGCACACCCUUGCAUAUGUGCAUUGCGUGAUUGCACAUGUGAAGAACGGCGUUGGUGAAAGGCUCAGUCGGAGUUGUUGGGUUCCUUUUAUUUUCCCCCAUUUUGGUUGUUCUUGAGCCAGGUUUUUUGUUUGUAAAGGAUAUGUACGGUGGUAUCUGUAACUGCAGAGCAAACUUCAAUAAAGAGCCUCCCUCCACUACUAGACAUUUGAAAGGUUUGUAGAGCAUGGUGUUGUUUCCAGCCGGAGGCAUGCAAUGUUCGCAAUUGUGGUUGUGCUGCACCAGGACAGAGUGAAAUGUGAAUGCUUCGGUCCGGCAGACUUGUCGUCUCUCUGGUUCAAGAGCUGCUGAUGGAUGGGGACUUCUUUUUCGUCCAUGAAAAGGUUGCACUCUGCCCAAGACGGAUGGUCCGCAAUGGAUGAAUAUGGUUGUAUGAUUAAGGGAGAUGGAUGAUCUGCAACAAAUGAAUGCGGCUGUAUGCCAUACAACAUUUGUGAUUGUGGUUGUGCCCCACCCGGACAGUGGGAAGUGUGAGUGCUGCAGUCUGGUCGAGUUGUCCUCUUUUUGAUGUUAGAGCUGCCAAUGGACAGAGUUGUUUUUCAUCCAUGAAGAGGUUGCGCUCCUCUCCAGACGGGUGGUCUGCAACAGAUGAAUACGGCUGUGCAAUUGAGGAGACGGGUGGUCUGCAAUGGGUGAAUCUGGUUGUACAAUUGAGGAGACCGAUGGUCUGCAACGGUACGAGUGAGGGAGACCGAUGGUCUGCAACAGGUGAAUGUGGUUGUAUGUUUGGAUUCUACGAUGCGGCUAGGGAUUUAGUUAAGAGAUGCUGUGUGUCUGCUGGCCGUAGAGCAGGCAGGUGUUGUGUCUUCAAAUGUCUUGGGCUCUGUGGUGUUGUGAGAUAUGGCAAAUGGUGGAAUGCCUGGUUGAGGAGGAGGAACAUGGAUGUGCAGGGAGAUGGCUAAGGGAAGAAUGUGGACGCAACAUCUGUUAUGUGCUGCAGGGGAGGCAGGGCGUUGUGUUGUUUGCUGGGCUAGGCUAUUGGCUUUUUCACGGAUAUCACAUGCCAUGGCUUCUGUGAGUAAACUCUAAUAGCCGGACACAGUUUGGCUCUCACUUGUAUGGUGGGGAACUUACGGACAUAAGGCUGUUUGACCGGGCGCACGGGAUGUUCAUCAGGGGCCAGCAGGGUCCCCUGCAAAGAUACUCUUCUGGCAAGGGCGUGUCAUUGUGUGAUGUCAGGGCGGGGUCUGUGUAUGUGGGCGGGCGCUCAGGGUGGCGAGGUGGUGUUGCACGGCUGUGUGCAAGCCCGUAUGCCUUCCAGUUUGUAUUGGCGUUGCCAGGAUUUCUGUCCGGAGACUCCUAGCGUGUGGGUGAACAGUGAAUUGUUAGUGUUGUUUGUAUACUGUUGAAUGCAACGAAUAAGGGUGUUCCCUUUUGAGAGAUUGUUGUCUGCAUUCCUUCCCAUCUUUUCUGUUUGGCGGUUUGUAAUUCAGUCAUAGUUUGUUUCAGUGACUUCAUUCUCACCUAAUGUUGUUACUCCUACAUAACUGUCUUCCAUGGUGUUAAGUUCUCAUACUUAUAUGAUGCAGAGGAGCAAGGCUAUUUUGACCUGUAGUUUACUGGAUCUGGAUUGAACUGGUUGGUGCUCCCAGGUUUUGCAAAUUUGAUGGGGAAGAAAUAUGUUGCUAUUGGUACAUUUCUCCCACAACCGGUCAUCAUGUUGUCAUCUAUUGGUGUGGGUGCAUCUGAUUGUGAAUUAAAAUCAAAUGACCUUUUAUACGGUGCGUUUAUGAUGGACGGGGGGUGAUCAACAAAGCCCACCCAUUUGCGUUGUGCCCAUGAUAGUUCGAGUGUUCCCAUUUUGACUAUUGAGGGAUUGCUGUCUGCAUUCCUUCCCAUCUUUCUGUUUGGCGGUUUGAAAUUUAGUCAUAGUUUGUUUCAGUGACUUCAUUCUCACUUAAUGUUGUUACUCCUACAUAACUGUCUUCCACGGUGUUAAGUUCUCAUACUUAUAUGAUGCCGAGGAGCAAGGCUAUUUUGACCUGUAGUUUACUGGAUCUGGAUUGAAUUGGUUGGUGCUCCCAGGUUUUGCAAAUUUGAUGGGGAAACGGUGCGUUUAUGAUGGACGAGGCGUGAUCAACAAAGCCCACCCAUUUGC